ACUCGUUUAAAAGUUGCAAAGUUUAAUUUUUUCGAAAAAAGUUGAUUUUUUUUUUGAAUAAACGCGGUAAACAUCGGGAGCGCCAUCUGCUCGCGUUUGUGUUAAAACGAGCGAAACUAAACCGACGAUCGGCCAUUUUACUUCGGCGCUUGCGCACAAUCGCCCCAAAACUGAUUCACGCUCACGCUCUUCCCUUCAUUACCACUACGACGACGACGAGUUUUUGCGAAACACGACUCGCCUUUUGUGAGAAGAAUCGUUAAAACGUUUUCAAGUGCGAGACACGCGCUUCGUAACUAAUUUUGAAACAUAGAGACAGCACGGAAUAGUUUGUUGGUUUUGAUCGUGUGGAAAGAAGAUUCUAUUAAAAAAAAGAGCAAGCAAACGCCAAACCCAGUAGAAGCCCAGGGUACACGACCCACAACACAAAAAGUACUGAUUUGAAGUAAUAUGAGUAAUGCACCCAACCACAAUGGAUCAGGUCUAGAGCAGCAGUUUGCUGGUCUGGACUUGCAGAGCCGCAGCGGCGGCGGCAGGUACAUACCCCCGCAUUUGCGCAACAAGCUCCAAAGUCAGCCGGACACUAACGCCGACAAGGAUCGUGGAGAUACUCGCAACAGCGGUGGUAGAAAUUCGUAUAGUAAUAGAGGAGGACGUGAUAAUCGCGAACGUCAAGCCGAUUUCUCCAGCUUUAACACUAGAAAAGAUUUUGGUAGAUCCCGCGGUGGUCGAGAUCAUUACCAGAAUGGUGAUGUGUUCGAGAGUCGCGAAAGCUGGAAUCGCGGUGGCGGAGGAGGCGGUGGUGGCGCUGGAGGCGGACGAUAUCCCGACCGCGAGCGCGACCUGCCCCGUAACGAUCGCUGGCAGGAACCGGAAAAACAACAACCCUCACGAGACAACGGCCGUUGGGGUGAAGAUCGUCGCGAGAACAACUCGCGCUGGUCAGACCGCGACGGUCGCCGCAACGACCACGACUGGACGGUGCCGUUGCCGCGCGACGAACGUAUUGAACUCGAAUUAUUUGGCACGGGAAAUACGGGCAUCAACUUUAGUAAAUAUGAGGAUAUACCCGUCGAGGCGACCGGCGAUAAAGUCCCCAGACACAUUACAUCUUUUGAGGAAGUACAGUUGACAGAAAUAAUUCGCCAAAAUAUUGUUAUGGCAAGAUAUGAUACACCAACUCCUGUGCAAAAAUACGCAAUCCCAAUCAUUUUGAGUAAAAGAGAUGUGAUGGCGUGCGCGCAAACCGGUUCCGGAAAAACGGCCGCGUUCCUUGUGCCCAUACUCAACCAAAUGUACGAACGUGGACCCCCGAACAACUUGCCGCGCAGCUACCGCCGUAAACAAUACCCUCUUGGGCUCGUUUUAGCGCCGACGCGCGAAUUAGCCACGCAGAUUUACGAUGAGAGCAAGAAAUUCGCCUAUAGAUCCAGAGUCAGACCAUGUGUAGUUUAUGGUGGAGCUAAUGUAGGUGAUCAAAUGAAGGAUUUAGACCGCGGGUGUCACUUAUUGGUGGCGACUCCAGGUCGACUUCUCGAUAUGAUUGAGCGAGGUAAAAUUGGGUUAGAUUACUGCAAGUACCUGGUGUUGGACGAAGCCGAUCGUAUGUUGGAUAUGGGUUUUGAAGUCCAAAUCAGAAAUAUUCUCGAAAAGGAGCCGAUGCCGCGCACUGGCGAUCGCCAAACUCUCAUGUUUUCGGCUACCUUUCCCCACCCCAUUCAGAUGCUUGCUAGAGAUUUCCUGGAUAAUUAUAUUUUCCUUGCCGUCGGUCGUGUCGGUUCUACGUCCGAAAAUAUUACUCAAAAAGUUUUUUGGGUAGAAGAACAUGAUAAACGUUCUGUACUGCUAGACAUGUUAAACGCAGCGGAAUUAACGCAACCUUCAGCCGAAAGUUUAACCCUUGUUUUCGUUGAAACGAAAAAAGGUGCCGAUUCCUUGGAAGAAUUCCUGCACAAUGACGGGUAUCCGGUUACAUCGAUCCACGGGGAUCGUUCGCAACGAGAACGCGAAGACGCUCUGCGUCAAUUCCGUUCGGGAAAUACCCCAAUUUUAGUGGCGACAUCCGUAGCCGCUAGAGGUCUUGAUAUUCCGCACGUUAAACACGUAAUCAAUUUCGACUUGCCUUCUGAUGUUGAAGAAUACGUACAUAGAAUCGGUAGAACUGGUCGUAUGGGAAAUCUAGGUUUGGCGACUUCAUUCUUUAAUUCACGCAAUCACAAUCUUGCGUCGGCUUUAUUGGAUUUAUUGGCGGAAGCCAAACAAGAAAUUCCGAAUUGGUUGGAAAGUGUAGCAGCAGAUGGACGUAGCGCAAGUUCCGGACGCAGGGGCGGCAAGGGCCGUUUCGGUAGUGGAGGAUUCGGGUCAAGAGAUUAUCGUCAACAAUCGGGGGGUGGUUCGAACACCAGAAAUCAAAGAUCAAACGGAAAUAGUGGUGGAUAUGGACAUGACGGGUACAAUGGUGGAGGAUAUUAUGGAAACGAUAGAGGUGGAAAUUAUGGUGGAAACUACAACUCGAACAGCACCGUACAAGACUGGUGGGAUAAUUCGGGUGAUGACAACGCGAGUUCUCGCCGUUAAUUGAAACGUUCAUAGAAACGUACAUUUGAAGCUCCCCCUUCUCGUAUAACUCAUACACAUGUACAACAUUACGCCUGCUAUUACAACUAAAAUAACAAGUUAAAUAACAACUUAAAAAAUACCAAACAAACACUUCUAUUACUACUCCCCUUUAGUUUGAAAGAAAAGAAAUGGAAACGAUCCAGGAUGUAUCAAUUGAUUUUGAAAGUUAGAACGAACCCCCCAAUGCAACUUGUUAUAUUUUAGGGCAUUAUAAUUAUUUUUUAAAAAUGAUAAAAAGCCGACUUUAUUUAUCUAAUUUGUCAUUUUCUUAUUUUUGAGUUAAUCCUGGAUUUUUUUUGGGAAACAAAAAUGAUGUAGGAUGAUCCUCAUCCUGAAAAUAUUAAAAACAAAAAAAAUAUUUACGGAAUAAUUAUUGUAAUUGUAGGUGAUUAGAGUCACGGAAAUCAUCGUAAUUUUAGUAACAAAAAAAA